GGCACUUUGCAAUAAAUAAGUGGGUUUGGGGUUAGAAUUUGGGCACUCGUCCCUAAAAGGUUCACCAUUUCUGCUUUAGGGGCUACUUUUUCCGGUGGGGCAGGACUGGGCAUUGAACCGGAGGGCAGUCUACCACUGAAUUAUGUGCACCUUUCCCUGUUUUUAUUUUGAGACAGGGUCUUGCUGUGUUGCCCAGGCUGUCCUUGAACUUGUAGUCUUUCUACUAGGAGCUACUUUUAAGAUUCUUUGUUCCUACAGGUAAUCUGGAGCCUCAAAAUGUUUGCCAAAGCAACAAGGAAUUUUCUUAAAGAAGUUGAUGCUGGUGGUAACCUGAUUUCAGUAUCAAACUUGAAUGAUUCUGAUAAGUUACAACCUCUAAGUCUGGUGACCAAAAGGAAGAGAUACUGGUGCUGGCAGAGACCCAAGUACCAGUUUUUAUCCGUCACCCUUGGAGAUGUACUCACAGAGGACCAGUUUCUGAGUCCAGGUUCCUCUGCUUUAUUCAUUCCAGUGGUCGUGGAGUCAGACUUCGUGAAGUAUGAGGGCAAGUUUGAAAACCACGUGAGUGGGACCAUUGAGACCGUUCUGGGCAAGGUCAAGCUGAACGUGGGAGGCAAAGGCCUGGUGGAGAGCCAGUCUUCCUUUGGGACCCUGAGGAAGCAGGAGGUGGACUUGCAGCAGCUCAUCAGAGACUCUGUGGAGAGAACAAUAAACCUGAAAAACCCUGUGCUCCAGCAGGUGCUGGAGAGGAGGAAGGAGGUCCUGUGUGUCCUGACGCAGAAGAUCGUGACGACCCAGAAGUGUGUGAUAUCGGAGCACGUUCAGAUAGAGGAGAAGUGUGGCGGCAUGGUGGGGAUACAAACUAAGAUAGUGCAGGUGUCGGCGAUGGAGGACGGGAAUGUCAUCAAGGACACCAGUGUGGUGCUGGAGAUCCCGGCUGCUACCACCAUCGCCUAUGGCAUCAUCGAGUUAUAUGUGAAACAGGAUGGCCAGUUUGAAUUCUGCCUCCUCCACGAGAAGCAUGGUGGCUUUGAGCAGGAGCGGAGAUCUGACCCUGUCUAUCUGGACUACCUGGCCUGUCAGGAGUUUGGUUUCAUGGAUGUGCCAGAUGCCAGGCAUGGGACGUCUUCCCAGGAUGGGCUGUUAAGUGUUUUAAAUCAAGCAACUCUGCCACUGGAGAGGAAUUUCCUUCCCUUCAUGGAGCUGCCAGCAGGGCAGCAGACAGCUCUGUGCAACCUCUUGCAGGUGGUUCUGUUUGAUGAGGAACUCCUGGUGGUCCUGGAGCAAGUGUGUGACGACAUGGCUGGUGGCUUCUGGUCCCCACAGGCAGCGCUGGCAGUGGGGGAGCUGAAGCCCCCUCAGCAGCAGGACCUCAUGGCCUUCCUGCAGCUGGUGGGAUGCAGGAUACAAGGGGAGUGUCCUGGCCCUGAGGAUGAAGUCAGCAACCAGAAACUCUUUGCAACAGCCUACUUCCUGGUCAGUGCACUAGCAGAAAUGCCAGAUAAUGCUGCAGCUCUGCUGGGCAUUUGCUGUAAACUCCAGAUCAUUCCUACACUGUACCACUUGCUUCGUGCUUUAUCUGAUGAUGGCAUAUGCGAUCUUGAAGACCCAACUUUGGCCCCUGUGAAAGAUACAGAAAGGUUUGGGAUUGUGCAGAGCCUGUUUGUUGCAGCUGACAUUAACCUAGAACAAGUCCAUUCAUUAGUGAAAGCAGCCAUCCUGAAAGAUCCUCAUGUCUUCCCUCUAAUUCUUUAUAUUACUCUGAAUGGACUCUGUGCUCUGGCCAAAGAACAUUAGUAAUGUCAUUCAUCAAACAGAAGUACAUGUAACUGGCCAAGGCUGGGUGUUUUUCAGAAUUAAAAUACUAUUUUGAGAUUUAGGUCUGAUGUACCUUAAAAGUUGAUUAAUGAAAUGAAUUACAAAACACUUUUAAUAGUGAUGAUUUUCUGCACUAUGAAUGCCACCAGAUACUCUACAUGUUUUCUUUACAUCAGAGACCUUCGCAUGCUGGUAAAUGGUGAACACCUGGUAUCCAAGGUAGAUUCUAGUACCUGAAGAGCUGGGGAAAAGGUGAGAUUCUAAGCAGUUGUACACUCAGACCUUUUUUUUCCUGCAGAAUAAUGGAUCCAUUAAUUAUUUUUCUUACAUUUUCUAUUUGGUUAUACAAAAACAGAGGAGUCUUAUACUUUAACCUGAAAAUUCAUUGUGAAUUUUGAAUGCCAUGGCAAGGGAGUUUCUUUUCACAGAAUCUACAUUUUGGAUGUGCUUGCUGUACAUUAUUUGAUGAAUGAAAAAUGAACUAUAAAUGCUACUAGAGACAGUAUGUAUUCUUCUGCAAUAGAAAAUUACACUAAAAAUCUAAUAGCAAUAUCCCCCCCUUGAAAGUCUAUAUAUAAUUUGACCUUGCCACGUUGUGAUAAACAUAAUGAUUCUAUGUCUACAACAAUAUGUUGUUAUGCAUUUUGGUAACUUAAUUCGUCAAAUAUUACAUUUUCUAUCAAAGGAAAUUUUGAACUGUGUAUAUUUUGCUUUUUACUGUUUUGACAUCCUUCUAUUAUAAAUGGCUUGGACUGUCUGCCCAGGGCUUCUGAAUCCACUGACAGGACCUACCAUCCAUCAGUGACAUGAAGCCACUGGGGAUGAGGAACAGUACUGGUUGGAGAGAAGCAUGUUACUCGGUACAUAAUUCUGUUUUACCUCAACAUCAUCUGCUUAGUCCUUUUCUUCCUUUCAGAUUUUAAUAAGCAUUAACAAGGAAUAAAGCAAAUAACCCUUUCAUCAUUUUGAUUAAAAAUGACUCAGCCUUAUUCAAAUGCUUUUUGUAAAUGUGUUGGGAAAGGAUAUAAAGCUAUAUGUUGUGGUGGCCAUUGUACACAAAAAUUAUACACAAAUUGGAAAAGGUUAUGCAAAGCCUGUCUGGUUUUCUGAAGUAUAAACAAGCAACUUCAAAAAGGA